AAAUUUGUAAUGAGUCACGUGACUUCACAUUUGCCAGAGUGACGCAGUGAACCAUCUUGGCGCAAAACUUCAUCUUUGGCAGCUCCGGAAGACUCGCUAGCCGAACGAUGUCGCGCUAAAUCAAGGGAGCGUUUCCUAUCAGGCAGCAGCAAUGCAGGGGGGAGAGUAUGGGGAGUUGGGGGGCAGCCUCCCUGCCAUCGCCUCUCUAAACGCCUCCUACUCCACGUCGCUGACUCUCCCUUCCCCAUACCUGCUGGUUCCACCUGCAAAGCGCAAAGCUGUCUCUGACGUCCGCCGCACCUUCUGCCUCUUUGUCACCUUCGACUUCCUCUUCAUCAUGCUUCUGUGGAUCAUAGAGCUGAACGUGAACGUUACUGGUUCAAUUUGGGAUAAUCUAAAAGAUCAGGUUGUCAGAUAUAACUUCAAGUCUUCCUUCUUUGACAUAGUUGUCCUUGCAUUGUUUCGGUUCCUGUGUCUGCAAAUCGGCUAUGCUGCGUUUCGGCUGAAACACUGGUGGGUUGUCGCGGUCUCAACCCUGGUGACCAGCGUCUUCCUGGUGGUGAAGGUCAUCAUAUCUGAACUGCUGUCCAAAGAUGCCUUUGGCUACGUUUUAGCCAUCGCCUCGUUCGUGGUGGCUUGGCUGGAGACCUGGUUCCUCGACUUCAAGGUUCUCACCCAGGAAGCCGACGACGAGCGAGCUUACCUCGCCGCGGUGAACGCGGCCUGCGAAAGAGCCCCCAUGAUCUACCCCCGCCCCGUUUCAGACGGGCAGUUCUACUCGCCGCCCGAAUCUGUCGCAGACUCGGACUCAGAUUUGGACGAGGAGAUUCUCGGACGCAGAGCUGUCACCGCUGAGGAGAAGGAGUACGUCAGGCAGGGUCGGGAGGCCAUGGCGGUGGUGGAGCAGAUCCUCAGCCAGGAGGAAAACUGGAAGUUUGAGAAAAACAAUGACAUGGGAGACUCCGUCUACACUCUGGAGAUUCCCUACCACGGAAAGACUUUUAUUCUCAAGGGCUUGAUGCAGUGUCCUGCAGAGUUCGUCUAUCAGGAGGUGAUUCUGCAACCGGAGAAAAUGGUUCAGUGGAACAAAACCGUUUCCGUCUGCCAGAUCCUCCAGAGGGUCGACGACAACACUCUGGUGACGUACGACGUCUCUGCAGGUGCAGCGGGCGGAGUCGUGUCUGCCAGGGACUUCGUUAACGUUCGCCGAGUCGAACGCAGACGAGACUGCUACAUGUCUGCUGGCAUGGCAACCAACUACGACACCAAACCCCCAUGCGGUCGCUACGUCAGGGGGGAAAAUGGCCCUGGAGGAUUUGUGGUUCUGAAAUCCAGCAGUAACCCGUCUGUCUGCACAUUCAUCUGGGUCCUCAACACAGAUUUAAAGGGCCGUCUGCCCCGCUACCUCAUCCACCAGAGCCUCGCUGCCACCAUGUUCGAGUUUAUGUCUCACUUACGGCAACGCAUCACCGACCUUCGUCCCUCCCACCACCACCACCACCAUCAUCAUCUUCACACCUAACGCCUAAAGAAAGGCAGCCUGGGAGGCAGAACUACUGCUCUCUUUGGUCCCCGUCGUCAACCUGAGAAGGGGGGAAGCGGCGUCCCGCGAAGCUCCAGAGCUAAAAAGGACGAGCAACAAGCUGCCGUAGCCGAAUGGACUUUACCCCCAGGCAUAGGAGACCGUAUUUCAGAUCAGGCCGAGUGAUUUGGAUGGAACAGAUGAUUGUCAUCAAACCUUUUUCUUUCUUUUCUUUUUUUUUCUUUUACAUUUUAAGGUGAGCACGUGACUGUUGCUCUCACUAGGAAAACAGGGGGACUCGUUGGAGUGCGGUGCACUUUACUGACAGGAAAGGCGUUCAUAGGGACGGAGGUGAUGUGUAAGAAACGUCGGCACAGGACCAGCUGAGCCUUAUCGUACAGAACUUAAUGUUUAUUAUUGAUUCGCUGCUUUUUUUUCUUCUUCUUCCUUUUCUAUCUACCUGCCUUCAUAUUACUGCCAUAUUCUCACCAAACAUGUUUUAAAGUAUACUGUGAUGGCGGAAGAGGACGCGCUACUUCCUGCUCGCUGAUAGAGGGAGACAGCCGAUGGAAAAUCUGUUGCACCAAGUUUUUAAACAUGUUUUUUUUUUUGUAUUUUCCUUUCUGAUAUCUUAAAGCUGAAAUUCAGAUCAAAGGGAUGAUUGUUCAGACAAGUUUAAAAGUAGAUCAGGCUGUCUUCUUACUACAGCUGUCUUUUGUGCCAAUCACCUCAUGUGGCCUUGUUGGGGCAAAAGGAAUGAACUGAAGUAAUGGUUUGUUUUAAAAAUACAUUGAAAUUACAAUUGAUUUCCCUGCUCUCCCCUCUCCCUCAUGCCCUUGAGAUGUGGAUCAGACAAACAUUCAGCUUUUUUUUUUUUUUUUCUUGCAUAAUGAAGCUAGCACGGCUUGUGUUCCCCUUCGGCUAAGGCUUGGCGUUCGUCUGCGUACCAGCGCUGCCACGCACGCCCGAGAACAACCCAGCUUCCAAGUUAAAUCCGUCCCGAAAAAAGGUGGGCAGAAGUUGAGGUUUGAUGAAAAGUUGACUGAAACGAACCCAAAUCUUUUCCGUAACUUCGGUUACUCUUGCUAAAGGAUUCAAUUUGUGCGUCCGUUCUGUGAGGAAUUCUUUUAUUUUGUUUCUGGAAGCUGCGGUUAUUGUAGGAAAAAAAAAAAAAAAAAAAAAAAAACCUGCGCAUGAAGUCGGAAAAUAUCCGGGUAAUGAAAUAAACCAGAUAUAUUUAAUCUGUUCUGAUUACUAAGCGAGCGACCGAGGAAUUUCAAGUGGAGAUACUGUAAUUUCAACAGUUGUGCCUUUAUUGGAGUAAUAAUACAUACUGGACUGUUGUUGCUUUCUGUUCAUUCGGAGCCGUUUAUUCCCUGCUCCGGGGGUUUAUUAAAUGCAUGAGAAGACUGCUUGGUGUUCUUAUGUUGACUUAUUUCAUUCUUAUUUUUCAGAGUAAUUCAUAUCAACAUGUUAAUUCAAAGCCAUCACUACUGACCAACUGUUUUUACUGAAUCUUAAGUGUCUUAUGUCUAAUAAAACAUGCGAAACCUAUCGUGA